AUGGCGAACUAUCACUAUGACGAAGCAGGCAAUAUGGCCGCCUACUUCGUCAUUUCUGUUCUUGUUAUUAUUCUGCUGCCUGUUACAUUCUCCUCACUUGCAAGCGUAAUUUGUCCAGAACGCCCAGAGCUGGAUAGCGGGUGUCAAUGCACACCCUGUGUACAACGUCGAGCCGACGUAAGGAGACACCAGCGUGGCUCCCCGCUCCGACCAAAGUUUACCAGAAAGGCACUCUUAAUCACCAUGGGCUGGGCUGCUGUCGCGUUCCUCUCAUUUAAAGCUGCACAUGCAGAAGUAGAAAACAAGGUCUAUAAUCCAUUCGAAAUCCUUGAAAUCAGCACCGGAGCAACGGAGAAGGAGAUCAAGUCGCGUUUCAAGGAACUAUCACGAUUAUUUCAUCCCGACAAAGUCAAACCAACCAUCAAUGAGACAAUAGAGGACAUUGCCAACCGUUUCGUAGACAUUACCAAGGCAUACAAGUCGUUAACAGACGAGACCAUUCGCCGCAACUGGGAACUUUUUGGGCACCCCGACGGCCGACAGGAAGUCUCGAUGGGCAUUGCUCUGCCAAAGUGGGUUAUUGAAGGCAAGAACAACAUCUGGGUCCUCGGUGUAUAUGGCAUUCUCUUCGGUGGCGCACUCCCCACGCUUGUGGGCCGCUGGUGGUUUGGUAACCGCCAAAAAACAAAAGAUGGCAUUAAUGCAACGACCGCCGCAGCGUUCUUCAAGGCGCUCACGGACAAUAGCGGCAUGAAGGAGGUCAUCGGUGCGCUGGGCCAGGCAUACCGUUGGGAGACUACAUGGGCAGGCACCGCAGUGGGCUUAGAGGAGCUCGAGAAACAGAUCGAUGAAAAGAUGGGCGACGAAUGGAAGGAGGUAAAGGAUCUCGUCGCUCCUGGUGGAAAAUGCGAAGGGACCGAGCAGCGGGCCUUGGUAUUGCUGUAUGCACACUUCCUGAGGUUAACUAUCAGCAACGAGGCGCUUAAGCAGGAACAAGCCAAGUUGUUGUUACAGGCACCGAUGCUGCUUAACGCACUGCUGGGAAUUUCAGCUGCACGGAGUUGGUUGUCACCCACCUUGAUGGUAAUCCGUCUACAUGCCUACGUCACGCAAGCUCUUCUCCCCGGAAAAACUGCUGCACCACAAGCUCAAUUACCUGGCUUUGAUGGUGAUGCAGAUGCAUCAGAAGGGAAAGACCUUGCCUCCUUCAUAUCGCGCUUAGAGGACGAGGGAGACAUUCGGAUAACGGAAGCACGAAAGGCAGUCGAGGGCUGGAGUCGGUUGGAUGUUGUGGAUAUGUCUUUCAAGGUUAUUGGUGAACGCUUGGUUACACCGUCAUCCAUUGUUUUCCUCCUCGUUAAACUGCGUCUUCACCGGCCACUUCAAAAUGAUGCACCCUCGACUGUUUCUGAAAAAUCUGCGAAGGCUAUCCGGGAAGACAGGGAGAAAGACGACAAGUUCUUGAACAGCCGAAAGGAUGCUGAGGAUAUCGAGGGGAACACACCUGUGUGGGCUCAUGCACCUCACUGGCCAGGGUUGCGCAAACCAGGCUGGUGGCUAGUCCUUGCUGAUGACAAGUCGAAUAGAAUUGUUGUUCCUCCAAUGAAGAUAUCAGAUGUACCCGCGUCGAGCCCCGGGAAGGAACGUGACUAUCGCUCAUACAAGUUACAGUUCCAGGCACCCCCCAACGUGGGCUUGUUUACUUGGAAGGUGUACCUAGUAAGCGACACGCUCGUAGGGGAGGAGUCAUGCCAGGACAUUUCGCUCAAAAUUGAUGACAUAUCUGCACUCAAUGCAGAAGAACAGACGGCGGAGGAUGAAAUUUCUGAUCCUGAGGAGGAUUCGUUGGCGGGUCAGAUGGCUGCAAUGCGCGGAGGAGCUGUGAAGCGUACAGUCGCACCUGAGGAAAGCGAGGACGAGAGUUCGAGCGAUGAGGAGCAGCAUGGUGAUGAUAGCUCAGAUAGCGACUAG